AUGGCCUCGGUCUAUGUGGACCAGACCUACUGUGGACCAGACCUACUGUGGACCAGACCUACUGUGGACCAGACCUACUGUGGACCAGACCUACUGUGGACCAGACCUACUGUGGACCAGACCUACUGUGGACCAGACCUACUGUGGACCAGACAGACUGUGGACCAGAACUACAGAGGACCAGACAGACUGUGGACCAGAACUACAGAGGACCAGACAGACUGUGGACCAGAACUACAGUGGACCAGACAGACUGUGGACCAGAACUACAGUGGACCAGACAGACUGUGGACCAGACCUACUGUGGACCAGACCGACUGUGGACCAGACAGACUGUGGACCAGAACUACAGUGGACCAGACAGACUGUGGACCAGACCUACUGUGGACCAGACCGACUGUGGACCAGACAGACUUUGGACCAGAACUACAGAGGACCAGACACACUGUGGACCAGACCUACUGUGGACCAGACUUACUGUGGACCAGACCGACCGACUGUGGACCAGACCGACUGUGGACCAGACAGACUGUGGACCAGAACUACAGUGGACCAGACCGACUGUGGACCAGACCAACUGUGGACCAGACCAACUGUGGACCAGACCAACUGUGGACCAGACCUACUGUGGACCAGACCUACUGUGGACCAGACCGACUGUGGACCAGACAGACUGUGGACCAGAACUACAGAGGACCAGACAGACUGUGGACCAGAACUACAGAGGACCAGACAGACUGUGGACCAGAACUACAGUGGACCAGACAGACUGUGGACCAGAACUACAGUGGACCAGACAGACUGUGCACCAGAACUACAGUGGACCAGACAGACUGUGGACCAGAACUACAGUGGACCAGACAGACUGUGGACCAGACCUACUGUGGACCAGACCGACUGUGGACCAGACAGACUGUGGACCAGAACUACAGUGGACCAGACAGACUGUGGACCAGACCUACUGUGGACCAGACCGACUGUGGACCAGACAGACUUUGGACCAGAACUACAGUGGACCAGACAGACUGUGGACCAGAACUACAGUGGACCAGACCGACUGUGGACCAGAACUACAGUGGACCAGACAGACUGUGGACCAGAACUACAGUGGACCAGACCGACUGUGGACCAGACCAACUGUGGACCAGACCGACUGUGGACCAGACCAACUGUGGACCAGACCUACUGUGGACCAGACCGACUGUGGACCAGACAGACUUUGGACCAGAACUACAGAGGACCAGACACACUGUGGACCAGACCUACUUUGGACCAGACAGACUGUGGACCAGACAGACUGUGGACCAGAACUACAGUGGACCAGACCGACUGUGGACCAGACCAACUGUGGACCAGACCGACUGUGGACCAGACCGACUGUGGACCAGAACUACAGUGGACCAGACCGACUGUGGACCAGACCAACUGUGGACCAGACAGACUGUGGACCAGAACUACAGAGGACCAGACAGACUGUGGACCAGAACUACAGAGGACCAGACAGACUGUGGACCAGAACUACAGUGGACCAGAACUACAGAGGACCAGACACACUGUGGACCAGACCUACUGUGGACCAGACUUACUGUGGACCAGACCGACCGACUGUGGACCAGACCGACUGUGGACCAGACCAACUGUGGACCAGACCGACUGUGGACCAGACCGACUGUGGACCAGAUAAGACUCUGGACCAGACCGACCAUGGACCAGACCUACUGA